AUGGAUUCUGUGCCCGCGAAACCCAUUCUUCAACAGCCUGGUGAGAAUGCCGCAGACGCCGCAGACGAGGAUGCCAAAUCCAGACAGCCGCCGGGUCAAGUCCGUUUUUCCUCGGUGACUGAGGAGAUCGAGCCAUCGGAACAGUCAGCGUCUGCCCUGUCUCCUGAGUCGGGCGCCCCGAGUGAAAAGCAGGACGAAGACUUACGGUCGCUGGCAGCUAGCCUUCAGAGAUCGCAGCUGCAGGAAUCCCGGUUGGGGAAGUUCUCAUUCGAUCCCCUUUCCCUACCUUCCUCAAGGGUUGCAUCUCGAGACUCGAGCGAUCGCAGUGGUCGAGAAACUAAUGAAUCUGGUUUGCCGUCUCCCCAUGCCUCCCCGCCGAUGGCCAUGAUGCAAUCACCACCACUCACACCUGCGGCCACCCAUUCGCAUGAAUCCAAAACUAACGACCCUUCCUCGACGUCGCGCGCGACAGAUAGAGGCACCUCCGCCAAUUCAGCUGUCAUGACACCGGAGACUUCCCCGCCAACAAGUGCAUCGACGAAAAGCAAAGCCCCUCAGAGCGCGCCCACCUCGCGGCCUGGUUCUACCGAUCAAUUGUCGAAGCAGACCGAUGUUUCCCACUCUUCCUCUCACCCGCAAGAUACCCACAAACACCAUCGGGCGCAAUUCUUCCUCGGCCCUGACGCAGGUUCCCAGGAGGAAAGCCCCCCAGCCACUCCCAGGACGGAGUACACGCCUCCUGGUGCGAUCACCCCCGUCGGGGAGCCCAACGAUCCGUACGCCCGAAGUAAGCGACCACCUCAGCCAAAGAAUCUCGCACAGCUGGAUCAGCGAUUUAUCUUCGGUGGUCGUGAUAUGAAACGUCGUGCGACCGGCUCAUCCUCGUUUCCGAGACCCGGCACGCCUCGCUCAGCUAGCGCAACCGACCUCAAAUCAAGCGACAAGCGCAGUGGAUUCUUUGGCAACAAAAGGGAUCAAGACAGCGACAGCAAGCAUCAUGGCCAUAUGUCGGAGCUCAAGCGGUUUUUUAAAAUGGGCCACAAACACAAGCGGAAUGAAUCACCUACAUCCUUUCCCAAGAAAACCAGUCGGUCUUCCGGAAAGAAUACCCCGUACCAAAUGGCACCCGAUAACGUGCCAUUUGCUGACGAUCAUGGCCUCAAUUCUAAAUACGGAAAGCUAGGGAGGGUGCUGGGAUCUGGCGCCGGCGGCUCCGUUCGGCUACUCAAACGUAACAGCGACGGUGUAACCUUCGCCGUGAAACAGUUCCGAGAUCGCCAUUCUUGGGAAUCGUUGAAGGAAUAUUCGAAAAAGGUAACGGCCGAGUUCUGUAUCGGAUCGACCCUUCACCACGGCAACAUCAUUGAGACCCUUGAUAUCAUCCAAGAAGGCCCUCACUGGUAUGAGGUGAUGGAAUAUGCUCCGUACGAUCUUUUUGCGAUUGUCAUGACUGGCAAGAUGUCCAAAGAUGAAGUCGCAUGUUGUUUCAAACAGAUCCUGAGUGGUGUGGCUUACCUUCACGGCAUGGGUCUAGCGCAUCGUGAUCUAAAGCUUGACAAUGUCGUCGUAAAUGAACACGGCAUAAUGAAGCUGAUCGAUUUUGGAAGUGCGGUGGUUUUCCGAUAUCCUUUCGAAAACGAUAUCGUUCCAGCAUCUGGAAUUGUCGGUUCUGAUCCCUACUUGGCCCCAGAGGUCUACGAUGAAAAGAAAUACGAUCCUCGACCUACGGAUAUCUGGUCUCUCGCCAUCAUCUUCUGCUGCAUGACGUUACGUCGAUUCCCAUGGAAACAGCCCCGCGUUAGCGACAACUCGUACAGGCUCUUUGUGUCCACGCCCACCCCAGGAACACCUGUACCAGAUGCAGAUCCUAGGCGUCACAGGGUGAUUAAGUCAUCCCCCGACUUGCCUUCUGCUGCGCACUCCUCGGAGAACAAAAACGGAGUACCCAGUCAAGCAGAGCAGUCAAGUGGACCGCCUAGCUCUGCUCAGGGCCCGCCUCCAAAGUCCGAUCCACCGGGCAACGAGGACGGUUCUCCGACAACCCCAGUGGAUAAGAAGCAUAGUGAUCAAAAGAACGGCACCGCGAAGCCCUCUCGCACAACCAGCAAAGAAGCUCCACCGCUUCCUGCAUCAGCCCAGACAGCAAACCCGCGUCCCGAGGUUAUCAAAGGCCCUUGGAGACUUCUUAGGCUGCUACCUCGCGAAAGUCGAUAUAUCAUUGGUCGCAUGCUCAAAGUGAGCGUGAAGGAGCGCGCAACUCUUGAUGAUGUCCUGACCGAUGAAUGGGUGCGCAACAUCAAAGCAUGCCAGCAAGAGGUAUCCGGAGAGGUCAUUAAGGCCCCAGGUCAUACGCAUAUUCUUGAACCUCCAUCCUCGGCCCCACCGGUGCCUAGCAAGGCCAAAUAA